UCUCUCUUUCAUCCUCUCUCUCUCUCCCUCAGAAGCGAGAACCAUGCCUCGCUCCUUCAACAACUCGGGGUCAAAGUUCAUGACCUCGGUGACCCAGAGGCCAUCUGCGCACUUGACCCUCAGAGACACGAGCCCUCAAGGGUUCCCUCCCUACCCCAUCCCCACGCCGGGUCUGCACCAGUCAUGCCGUCAUGUGGUGCGCACGUGGGCCAAUCAGAGCUUCGGAGCGCACCUGCACAACAUGACGCUGUCCAAUGGGAAGCUGCGAGUGCCUCAGGACGGGCGGUACUACCUGUACUCUCAG